AUGGCUGGAGAUAAGAUUCUCGUCCUCGGUGGAACCGGUCUGGCUGGCGUUUGUCUCAUCCGGGAACUCCUCCAUCGCCAUCAUGGGACGGUUGUUUUCGCCAGAAAUCCAGCAAAACUCCCCGAAGAAUUUAUAUCAAACAAGUUAUUUGAAGUUGUCAAGGGAGAAAUGACCGACACGAAUGCGCUUUCGACAGCCAUUUCGAAAUGCCACACUGUCAUUUCGUUCCUCGGCCCCGUCAACAUGCGCCAGCCGGCCAACACCGAGUACGCCGACUACUACCGCGCAAUAUUCCCACUCAUGCGUCAACACGGUGUCCGGCGUAUUUUUGCUAUGGCAACUCUCUCCAUCUACGCGCCCGAGGACAAAGGAUCCGUGACACGAGCCUUCUUUGCAAUGAUGGUACACCUUCUUGCUUCCGGUCCAUACCACAAUAUUCUCUCUAUCGGUGAAGCAUUUGAGGACAAGGAAAUCACCCAAAACAUUGACUGGACACUAUUCCGUAUCGGAAUCAUAUCGGGAGGGUCGGAUCUCGCCAGUUGGGAGCAGGACAGGGAACAGACGGAUGUGUACGUUGGUCCAUUGGGAGGAGCCGGAUGGACGAGUUCACAGAAGAGAGCAUCUUUGACCAGAUGGCUAGUUGACGCUUCAGAAACUGGCGCGUCUGAGUGGAUUGGCCAGAUGCCUGCUGUCAGCCGACGAGCUUGA